AUGUAUAUAUUCACUCGGCAUUAUACAACAUUAAUGCUUCUGUGUUCAAUAGAUAUGUUACUAACAUAUUUAGAAUCGUAAAAUAUUGGAAUAUAUGGUAUAGAAAUGAAUGACGUUUGUGUAAUAGUGAGUUUGAUAAAACGAAUGCGAUAAUAUACAUAAAAUGCUGCAAGAAGUUCAGAAAAUUUUAUUCAGAAAAAUACAUUCUAUGCCUAAGUUGGAAAGUAAUAUAAAUUAUGAUGAUAUAUGCGGACCUUGGAAACUUGGCAGUGUACCGUUGGAUAGUCCGUGCAAUUUAUCUUUUAAAUUGAUAACGCCUGAAGAUGUAACUUAUAUGAGAAAGCAGAAAGAUCGAAAAGCAAUUUUGCUAUUUCUCGAAAACAAAUUUUUAGCUGAUAUACUAUACAAAGAAGAAAACAAAGAGAUACUUGUCAAACUUCUAUGGCAAAUUUUUAGAUUUUUCAAGAAGAACCUAUUUACUGACGAACAAAUUGCGACCGUUAUGAAAUUAAUGCUUUUAACUCACAAUUUGUAUCUUGCAAACUAUUGGAAUACAGCUGAGGAAAUAUAUAAAUAUUUUUUCGAGCGCGUUCUUGAAUGUACCGUUAUGGAUCCACCAAAAUGCGCAGAAAUAUUUACGUCAGAUCAGGCUGGAAUAAUACUUGAAUUUUUUCGUAAAAUAUAUUUGGAAAAUAUCAUAUUAUUGCAUCUCGUUUGUAUGACUCAUUACUGUAUUGUUAUCCGAUUUUGACAAAAAUGAGUGAACAUUGAUAUGAUCGCACACGUUACACAAGAAACGUCUAUUUAUUUUUAAAAAAGGAUACAUUUGAUUAUAC